CAUUUGCACUCGCAGCAUCCAGGUAUGUCCACUAAUUAUCAGAAGAUAGGUUGGGGUUGCGAUAACAUCAAGGUCACCGCAUCUCAAGCAAACGGGUGAGAUGAUGCAAGGGCAGCUAGUGCUGAAACCAAAGCGGAUCUUCUCCAGCCUGACUUGUGCGGUCGCGAGGCGCUCGCUAGAAAAGUAGCCGCACGCCAUGACGAUGGGGUUCCUGUCAGCCCCAAGGCGUCCGUAGUGAGGUACGCUGGCAUCAGACAGCCACUUCCCCAGAGAUCGGUCGUACAUGGGCGGUGCCAAAGGUUACACAGAUCUCAAAUCAUUAGACAGGCAUCAUCUUCGAACCCAAGAUUAUCUCCGACUCUGGCGUCAGAGGGUUCGCCGAUCUGCGGCUGCAGCACUCCCGAAGGUUUGUGACGGUUUCUCGUGCCCUGGCAGACGGCAAGCUAGCUGCGAGGUGGCCCAGAUUGGCAGGAGAGGCAAUGGAGAUUGCGGUCCGGGAGUCUGCACCUCCGCCUCGCGAUCGCGAUCUGCCAGCUCGAGCUUAGACCCGCUUGCAGUGCAAAAGUGCCUCGGUGGAGCCCCCGUGCUUCCCUCGCGCACGGCGAUGGCCAGAAGGGCGAUGGUCGCAAGAUCUAGCUUUGCCGUGCGGGCUGCAGCACGACGGCUUGUCUCCGACCCAAUGCGCCCGCGCCAGCAAUCGGACGGUAUCUUAUACCACUCCGCGCCCUGCGCAACACCCAUCUUUCCUCCUCGUUGCACUUCUGCCUCAAGUUUCGUUGA